UUAGGCUCCUCCAAAUAUUCUUACACCAGAGGAUUGCCAAUCUCUCUCUCUCUUCUCUAUUUCUUUCUAUUUAUAUAUUCUCUGUCUUUCUAUCUCUCACAUUCUUAGCUACAAAUUCUAAAUCUUUUAUAUUAUUAUUUUUUCUAAAGAAUUCUUUUUUAAAAAAAAGAUUUUAAUUAAGAGGAGUGGAAUAACCAAGGAAAAGAUAAAAAAGAAAACAGAGAGAUAGAAGCCUCUCUCUUAGACAACAAAGAAAGAAAGAAAGAAAGAAAGAGAGAGAAAGGCAAAGCAUGAGCACCACCUCCUCUGUUUCUAUUUCCACAAUUCUUCUUCUCCUUAGAUCUUACUUUCUCUAAAUUUACAAUCUUUUCCUUUACAAAAUGGAAUCUUUGGUUGAGUUCUGAUUGGUGCUACAAGCAUCAGAUGAUCCCAGAUUGGAUUUAACAAACCACCCACUUUAGUUUUUUUCUUUUUUGGAUUGGGCACCAAUCAGAUUCUAUCUGUUUUAUCAUAUAGAAGAAAAAGAUGGAAUCAGAUCUUGGUAAGCUCUUUAUUGGUGGGAUUUCAUGGGACACUGAUGAGGAACGUCUUAAGGAAUAUUUUAGCAAGUAUGGAGAAGUGGUGGAGGCAGUGAUCAUGAGAGAUCGAACUACAGGCCGGGCCCGAGGUUUUGGUUUCGUGGUCUUUGCAGAUCCUGCUGUUGCAGAAAGAGUCAUCGUGGAUAAACACAUGAUUGAUGGACGCACGGUUGAAGCAAAGAAAGCUGUUCCAAGGGAUGAUCAGCACAUUUUGAAUAGAAACACUAGUAGUAUUCAUGGUUCUCCAGGUCCUGGGCGUACCAAAAAGAUUUUCGUUGGAGGUCUGGCAUCUACAGUUACAGACAAUGACUUUAAGAAGUACUUUGAGCAAUUUGGCAAUAUCACUGACGUUGUUGUGAUGUAUGAUCACAACACGCAGAGGCCAAGAGGCUUUGGCUUCAUCACUUAUGAUUCAGAGGAUGCAGUAGAUAGAGUUCUGCAUAAAACAUUUCAUGAACUAAAUGGCAAAAUGGUUGAAGUCAAAAGGGCAGUCCCAAAGGAGCUAUCCCCAGGGCCUAGUCGGAGCCCACUGAUAGGGUAUAAUUAUGGUUUGAGUAGGACAAACAAUUUCCUUAAUGCAUAUGCUCAGGGAUAUAAUAUGAAUUCAGUAGGAGGUUUUGGAAUGAGGAUGGAUAGUAGGUUUAGUCCUCUUGCCAGUGGUAGAAGCGGGUUUCCUCCAUUUGGGACGACUGGUUAUGGAAUGAGUAUGAAUUUAGAGCCAGGGCUGACACCAAGCUAUGGUGGUGGAUCAAACUUUGGCAAUAGUCCAGGGUAUGGACGGAUGUUAAGUCCCUAUUAUAGUGGGAAUUCAAGCAGAUACAGUACUCCAAUAGGUUAUGGCGUUGGGAAUGCAAGGAAUGAUUCUGUUUUAAGCCCCACUACUCGAAAUGUCUGGGGAAAUGGGGGCCUUAAUAGUGCUGCUAAUCCUGCCAGCCCAGGUGCUUUCUUGGGUUCUGGAAGUGGAAGUUUUGGGGUUUCAUUUGGGAACAGCGGGACCAAUUGGGGCCCUUCUCAUGUUUCAGCUCAAGGUGGAGGAAGUGCUUCUGCUUAUACCAGUGGGAGUAUGGGCUACGGGAGUGGUGAUAGCAGCUAUGGGUUGGGAGGGGGAGCUUAUGGACGAAACAAUGGCUCUAAUGCAGCACCAAAUUCAUCAUUUGCUGGGUCAAAUAGUGGUUAUGAAGGGUCCUAUGGGGACUUGUACCGCAGUGGUUCGGUUUACGGUGAUUCAACUUGGCGGUCUGGCACUCCUGAGCUGGAAGGUUCUGGAUCAUUUGGCUAUGGGCUCAGCAAUAUAGCUGCAGAUGUUACUGCUAAGAGUUCUGAGGGUUAUAUUGGAAGUUAUGGUGUUACAAGUAGACAAUCUAAUAGAGGAAUUGUUACCUAGGAGAUCUGUUAUUGGAUGUCACAGGAUAAUUGUAGGUAAGGAGAAUCUGGAUAAACAGGUGACGGGUUUAAAUUUCAUGCAUCUCUCUCCUGAUCAUAUUCAGUUCAUAAGGAAAUUGAUCAAUAGUGCUUACGAUGGUUCUUGAUUUGCGUUAUACACAAUCAGAGUGAAAGCAAUUACAGGGAUUUUGUGUAAGGUUUGAGAUUUGAAUUUCAAUUUCUUCUUUUAAUUAGUGAAAAACUUAGGUUCCUUUCUUGGCAUUUGAGUGAGGUGUAAAAUCAGAUUGCGGGAUAUAUACUCAGGAAGAUUGGUUCCAUAGAAGUGCUGUGCAUCUCCAGCGAGGCAAGCCAGUGGUAGUACACUUUUUCAAAAAAUAGGGUAUUAAUUUUUUUGAUUUUUUUUUUCUUCUUUUCUUUUGGAGUAAUGCCUGGAGAAGGCGCUGGUUGGUGUCCUUAUAUUUUUCUUCUCUUUAUUUGCGAUUCUCUCUUUAUCAGGUUGUAUGCAAGGUUCUGUUUGAUCUACUAGUGUGAAACAUUAUAAGGGAUUCUGUUUUUAUUCUCCCCCCCCCGCCCCCCCCUCCGGCAAAUAAGUUUCCAAAUGUUUUGAUUCAUUUUUUAUUGGACAUUGUAUCAGCCAAAAAGAAAAAAGGGAAAAAAGAGGUUAACAAUUAGAUGAAUGUUGGACUACAUUCAUGAUUGCUGUUGUGCUAUUUGUAUUA